AUGAGACACCAGGAAUGCGUAGAGCUCAUCCAAUCUUGCCGAUCGAUCAACGAUGUGAAGAGAGCGCAUUCUCUCCUCCAAUCUCGUCUCGAUCUUCCGCGCGAGGGAUUCGUCUCCAACAAGCUGCUCGAGGUGUAUGGUAGAUUUGGACGGGUGGAUCAUGCCCGAGAGAUCUUCGACGCCCUCGCGCGGCGCGAUGAUUUCUCCUGGAUGCUCAUGCUCCAUGCCUACUCCCGGAAUGGGUUCGUGGAAGAGGCGCGAAUUGUCUUCCGCGAGAUGCCCAAUCCAUUCCUCGCCUCGCACAACGCGAUGCUGGCGGCAUUCUCCAGCAAGGAGCAAAUCGAGGAGUCCAUCAAAAUCUUCGCUGCAAUGCCGCAGCGCGAUCUCAUCUCCUGGAACUCGAUGCUCGCGGCCUACGCUCACAGCGGCGAGAUCGAUCGAGCACAGCGCUUCUUCACCGAGAUGCCCGCCUGGGACCUCGUCUCCUGGAAUUCCUUCCUGGAUUGCGCUUGCAAGAACGGAGAGCUCGAUCGAUCCAGGCACAUUUUCGAGAUCAUGCCCACCCAAGACAUCGUCUCCUGGAAUUCGAUCCUCGCGGCAUUCUCGCGAAAUGGGCAUUUGGAGGAAGCCAAGAACACAUUUGAUACGAUGCCGGAGAGAGAUCUCUUCUCUUGGGCAUCAAUGCUUAAAUCCUACGGAAGCAGUGGCCAAAUCGAAGAAAUGGAUCUCAUAAUCGUACAGGUGCCCGAGUGGGACGGUGUUCUUUGGAAUGCCGCCAUUGCGGUAUAUGCCCAAAAUGGGCACCUUUUCCGCGCAAAGUCAAUGUUUGAUUCUAUGCCAAGCUGGAACACAGUGACGUGGAACUCCAUGGUGGCAGCGUAUAUCCAGCACGGGGAUUUGGACCGAGCAAAGAAUCUUUUUCACACAAUGCCAGAGAAGUCCCUAGUAUCCUGCAACGCUAUUGUCGCGGCAUAUGCCCAGAGUGGGCAUCUAGGAGAUGCCGAGCGAAUCUUUGAGUCCAUGCGACGCCACGACGUGGUUACGUUGAACUCCCUGCUGACUGGGUACGCCCACAAGGGGCAUGUGGAGAAAGCAAAGCGGCUGUUUGAUGAGAUGCCCCAAAGGAAUCUGGUGACGUGGAAUGCCAUCGUGGCAACAUAUGCUUUGAACGGCCACGUCGACGAGGCCGAGCAGAUGCACAAGCAGAUGCCCCAGAGGAAUAUAAUUUCGGCAACUUGUAUGCUUACGGCAUAUGCCCAAUGUGGGCAUGUUUUUUCAGCAAAGCGAGUUUUUGAUGAGUUGCCACAGCAAAAUCUAGUGUCUUGGACCUGUAUGCUAGGUGGGUUUACUCAAAAUGGAGAAAUUAGAUUAGCAAAAAGGAUGUUUGAUGGGAUUCCACUGCAAGACGCAGUUCUUUGUAGUGCUAUGCUUGCCGCAUAUGCCCAGAAAGGGCAUACCGAAGAUGCCAAAAGAAUGUUUUUGGAGAUGAAGCUAGUGAUUGAUCCUGAAGAGACUUGCUUUGUUUCGAUGCUAAUCACUUGCAGUCACGAUGGAGAGCUCUACACUGGGAAAUGCUGCUUUUCUUCUAUGAGACAAGAUUAUCUUCACAAUCCAACGAAACAACACUAUGCUUGUAUGAUCGAUUUGCUUGGAAGAUCUGGAUAUCUAGAUGAUGCUCUGGGCCUUAUAAACACAAUGCCCUUUGUUCCAGACACUGUAGACUGGGUGUGCUUUCUUGGAUCUUGCAAAAACCAUGAAGAUGCGAUAGAUUAUGCUAGAUUAGCUGUAGACAAGCUGAUAAGCAUUGACCCAAGGCAUGGAGCUGCCUACAUUUUGUCCUCAAGCAUACAAACAAAAGUCGUCAGUUCUUUUCAAGUGGAAAGCAUAUGCCAGUGGAAUUGA